CAGAGGGUGGAAAUGUGGUGGUGACAUUGAGUAGUGAGACAUUUAGCCAACACAUGCACACACACAUACACACGCACACACAGACUCCCGGCCACGCAAAGAAGAGGGAGGGCCCGCCUGCACCAGGAUGAUCAUUUGGUGACCAAUUUGGCGACUGUUCCCCGUGGCCGAAAAGGAGGUGUGGGGCCCACGGUCUCGGCCAGCUCUUUCCACUCUUUUGGGGGGGAGGCACCGGCUCCAAGUUCAAUGCGCCCUCGUUUUUCCUUGAAUUCGGGGCCCGCUCUGGCUAUCAGCAAAAAGCUUCCGACGCCAUCUACAGUUAAAACCUAGGCAACUUGAUCCCCUUUCAUUUCCCAAAAGAAGAAGGAGGAGGAAGAGGGGGGAGAGAGGGAAUUUGGAGGAGCGUUUGCCAAGCUCCAGUCUUGGGGUGUUGUGCCUUUUUUGCUGUUGUUGCUGUGCUGGAGGUUGCGCCCGGCCUUGAAGUUGCUGCGCCCUCCUGCCGGUCCCUCUUCGAUUUCUCCUCCUGAUCGAUGCCUUCCUGACCCCCCUGGGGGUCGCACCUUGAGCAAAUCCAAGGUGGCAGCUGCCCCCACCCCUGAAAUCAGCUACUUUUUUUUUGGAAGGGGGGGGUGUGCUUGGUUUUUUUUGGGGGGGGGAGCAUCUGCAGCUCCCAAGAGAGCCUGAAACCCGCCGGCUGCUUUGGAAGAGACAAAAGGACCCCAGGACCGGCUCCUCUGCUCCUCAACUGCACACGGGACCCUGAUAAAGUCUAAAACGGUUUUUUGGAGGGGAGAGGUCGAUACUGCCCUCCAUCCCCCACCUUCCCUCCCCCCCCUUUUUUUUUUUUGUUUCAUCCCUAAGACAAAGGCAAGUGGACUCUCCGGUGACUGCCCUCCUCCCCUCUUUGGGCUCCUUCUGUCUCUUUUUCAAUUUGCUUUUCCAUCGAGCCCCUCCACCCUCAUGAACAUACAGAGGUCCACCCCCAUCACCAUAGGGCGAUAUGGGAGGCCGCGGAACAAAACGCAGGAUUUCGAGGAGCUGUCGUCCGUCAGGCCGUCGGAGCCCAGCCCGAGUUUCAGCCCCAACCUCGGCUCUCCCAGCCCGCCCGAGACCCCCAACUUGUCGCAUUGCGUUUCUUGCAUCGGGAAAUACUUAUUGUUGGAGCCUCUUGAGGGAGACCACGUUUUCCGAGCCGUACAUCUGCACAGCGGAGAGGAGCUGGUGUGCAAGGUCUUUGAUGUCGGCUGCUAUCAGGAGUCAUUGGCACCUUGCUUUUGUCUACCGGCACACAACAAUAUUAACCAAAUUACUGAAAUCAUUCUUGGGGAGACAAAAGCCUACGUUUUCUUCGAAAGGAGCUAUGGGGACAUGCAUUCAUUUGUACGUACCUGCAAAAAGCUUAAAGAAGAGGAGGCAGCCAAACUCUUCUACCAAAUAGCUUCGGCUGUUGCACAUUGUCACGACGGCGGACUCGUUCUGCGGGAUCUCAAGCUGCGGAAGUUCAUCUUCAAGGAUGAAGAGAGGACCAGAGUAAAGCUAGAAAGCCUGGAAGACGCAUACAUCUUACGAGGGGAUGACGACUCCCUUUCAGAUAAGCAUGGCUGUCCAGCCUACGUGAGUCCAGAGAUAUUGAACACAAAUGGCAGCUACUCUGGCAAGGCAGCGGACGUGUGGAGCCUGGGAGUCAUGCUUUAUACCAUGUUGGUCGGACGUUAUCCUUUUCAUGACAUUGAGCCUAGUUCUCUCUUCAGCAAGAUCCGCCGAGGGCAGUUUAACAUUCCGGAGACUCUAUCCCCCAAGGCAAAAUGCCUCAUCCGUAGCAUCCUACGACGGGAGCCCUCAGAGCGGCUGACUUCACAGGAAAUUCUGGACCAUCCUUGGUUUUCUACAGAUUUUAACGUAUGUAAUUCAGGAUUUGGUGCUAAGGAAGUAUCUGAUCAGCUGGUGCCUGAUGUCAAUAUGGAAGAAGACUUGGACCCAUUCUUUAACUGAGCACACAGAGACUUGGUGUUCAGAAGGUACAUGAGCUGGAAAUGGCCAUGUGAAGGGUUCCUUCCUGACCCAUUAACUACAUCCUGCAUCGGCCUAGCUUGGUAGCAAGAGAGACACUUCAAAAGCUCCUCGGUUCAAGAAGGAAUAGCCACGGGGAGCUGAUAUAACAAAUGUAGCAUGGGGGAACAGAGAUUGGGGCUGGGGGGAGGGACUCUGCUAUCAGGUUAGAUUGAUUGGAGCAAAGGCAGCGAGAAGCCAAGGACACUGCACACGCCAAUUCUAGUGCAGCUUUUAUCACUCCUGUUUCCGUUUCAUCCAAAAGAGUCACAGAUCUCAACAAAAUAGAAACUUUUUGCCUCAAACACACAUCUUGGCAUCGCACUGUUAGUAUUUAACUUCUGCCAUUAUUCAGGGAAGGUACAAUUGGCCAAGUAUUUCUUUUUUUUUUCUUUAAACAAAGCAGUCUGUCAAAUCACUAAGAGGAUUCGUUCAACAAAUUAGGUGCACAUCAGACUGACCUGAAAAGUGGGUGCUAAAAAUAAAAUGAAACGAAACUUCAGUUCAUGUCUCUUGAUAACUAUUUUCAACUCAUAUCUUCUAAAUAAACUACUUAAUAUUCUAGUCAGGAAACGACAUUUUAAUGCUUUGUUCCCAUAAGGGAAAGGAUCUGUCAUUUAACAAGCUGUUCUGUUUUGUGUCAAAUGGUUUGUAGCAGGAAGCUAUUAGAACUCAAACUUCCAGAUGCAUUAUUACUAUGAUAGUAAAAAAGGAAAAAUAUAUAUAACUUUUUUCUUUUUUUUUUUUUAAGAAUAGGUCUGAAAUACUGGCUUCCAUGUUUGCCACGCUGCACGAAAUGACCAGAGGGGGCACAGUGCUCUUGGCGUAUUCCUUUUUAAAAUUGUCCGGUUUCCACACAACGUCUUUUGUUUUAAAAUAGAUUGUUCCAUAUGCAAAAGUAGGGCAGCUCUUCUAAUUUCCCUUCAAAGGGAAUUUUUUUUUUUUAAUUUUGAUGCCCCAUCUUAUCCUGUAAGGCUACCCUGGUUUUGUAGGUCCUCAGUGAGACAAGCUAGAAGGUGUUGAUAAGCUGAAAACUCGUAUAAUUAUUACAAAAUAAAUACAGCUAUUUCUCCCAACACAGACAGUAAUAUGCACCUUUGUAUUGUCAAGAAUUAUUCUAUUUAUUAAGGAAAAUGUCACAAUAGUGAUGUAUUAAGCCAGUACUUCAAUUACGGGUUGACUUGGGAUGACAUGUUACAUGCUGUAGUUAACACAUUUUUCUGUUUGGGUUUUUCUGUCCCUGAAAUAACUUUUUAUUUGGCUUUUCUAGAUAGCUUUAUUUGAUUUAGACUGGCAAAUGUUUUUAUUACUGCUUUUCUAUUGCUGUAUGAUAUUGAAAUCUCUUGGCAUAAAUAUUUGUGUUUCCAGUACCUCAGUUGUUCUGAUUAUACUGCCUGUAUAUGUUUUGUGAAUUGGUCAUGUUUUUUGGGUAGGUAACAUGUGGACUCUGUAGUAUGUAAAUGUUACUUGAAUUUGUGCUUAAUUAUAGUAUGUGGCAUGUGCGUAAAGAUACUUGGCAUUUGACGUAUGGAUGCUAUUUGCCUGCCUGGCAGGAAAUAUAAUGGUCACACUCGCAAGAGGUUGGUUCACAGUUCUUUAUCAAGAGACAAAGCUGCAGCUGAUCGGCCCUUGGUUCAAUUUUGGUUACUGAGACUAAAAGGAAUAAUUUUUUUUUUUUACACUCUGAAGAUGGUGCUGUGUAGAGAUGGAUUUUUUUUCUUCCUUUCCCAUUCCUCCUUCCCUUUCUUCCCCUCUCCCCCCGCCCCCAACUACCCCCUUUCUUCCCCCCAGGCUCCAAACCCAGAUUUUUUAAGUACCUUGUAGGAGGAAAGAUUGGUGAUGUGCAUGGUGGGGUUUUACUGCCUCUGGUGCUUUGUCAUGUAUUUGGUUUAAUGUUUUUGUCCUAAUCUCUUCAAUAAAUAAAAUUGUGCAUAUUUAACUAA